CACGGUUUGGCUGCAGGACGAGGUCCAACGAUGCCCAGCACGCCCCGCGUCCCAGCGCGCCCUCCGCGCCCACCUGCGGGGGACCCCCCCCCCGCGGGCAGGCCUGGCACCGGCCGCGGUGGCGGAGCCCGCUGGCCCAGCGGACUGCGCGGCGUCGGGCACACCGUCGGUUGCUGCGCUGGCGGCGGGCGUGCCGGGGUACCCGCAUCCAGCCGUGCUGGUUGCGCGCGUGAGGGAGCUGGAGGCCCGUCUGGCGCGCGUUGAGGAAGAGGCAGCGGCAUCGCAAGCUCACGCCGCGGCCCACCAGGAGGCGGCCGUUAGCGCCGCGCAGCGCCUGGCCAUGCAGGUGAGCAAGGAGCGGGAGUUGGAGGCCAGAUUGGCGGGCGCCAUGAUCGGCGGCACCUCGGGGGUCCUGCGCGCGGCGCAGGCCACCUCCGCCAGCCUGGCGUCGUCGGCCACCCGCCUCGGGCGGUGCCUGCAUCCGCGCGGCGGCAGCCACGCCGGCGGCGCCUCUGCGGGCGGCAGCCCGAGAGCGUCGACCACGGCACUGGCGCCUGCAGGGGUGGACUGAGGGGCAUCGCGCUCGUGCGUAUGCUAGGACACCCCUCUUAGGACCCUCGCUGGCGCGCCGAAAAGGGGCGCGCGCGCGCCGAUCACGGCGGGUCGCCAAGAGGCCAGAGAAGCCAGCAAGGUCUUGGCAUCGCUCGGACGUGUGCAUUUUUUCCUU